AUGCACUGCAGGGCUGGUCUAGGCGGCUCUGGGAGGGUCUGGGCGGGUCUAGGCGGCGCUAGGCGGGUCUGGGCGGCGCUAGGCGGGUCUAGGCGGCGCAAGGCGGCGCUAGGCAGAUCUGGGUGCCAGGGUGGGUCUGGUUCUUUAGGCUUUAGGGUCUGCGUGCCAGGGUGGGUUUGA